CUCGACUCUCCAUCUAUCAUCCACGUAUUCGCUAUUAUUUUGACGAACCAUCAAACUUACAUCCACAAAGCAUUGGCACUUGUUUUUCAGGCUCUUUGACUUGCAUAUUCUAGUUUUAAGUCUCGACUCCGAACAAUGCCAUCAGUAUGGCAUCUUUAGCACCUGCAUUACCGAUUUCCUCAACGUCCUCAACCGCCUCACUCCCAUAUCAUCUCACCAUCCGGUUUUCAAAUUCCCUCCCAGAUCUGGACCUAGAUGUUCCGUCUCCGCAAACCACAACAAUUCUAUCUCUGAAAAACCUAAUACGAGAGCGCCUUGCGUCCCGGAAUCGCCUUCGCUUCAUCUACCAGGGUCGCCUGCUCCCCGAUUCCUCAGCCCUCAGUUCCAGCAUCAAGCCGCCUCCUCCUCCGUCUUCAUCCCCGUCAACUCAUGACAGCGACUCCAAGAGCAAAUCCAAAGGAAAGGGCAAAGCUGUGGACGAUGGUGUGACUCCUGUAAGGAUAUACAUCAACUGCUCUAUUGGCGAUGAGCUCUCGCCCCAAGAACUCGCCGAUGAGCAGGCUGCUGCGGCCAACCCCCCUGAUGAAUCAUCGAGCGCUGCCUCAUCCCAUCCAAAUGGCAAUCCUUCAUCAUGGACUCGACCUCGUCCACGUGGUUUCGACCGUCUCCUCCAAACAGGCUUCACGCAGUCGGAAAUCGAGACGCUUCGCACACAGUUUGCCUCCAUUCGCACAGAAGGCUUUGCGCCGGACGCCAUGCCCUCACCAGACACUCUGCGCAACAUGGAAGAUGAAUGGAUCGACAGCAAUGCUGGAGGCAUUCCUUCGUCGAAUGCUGCUGCAGAGGACGAUCUCAACGGCAUGUCCAACAUGCUGGACGUCAUGAUUCGCGGCAUGAUGGUGGGGUUCUUUUUUCCCUUGGGGAGUUUGGCCUGGUUACUUCGCUCAGAUGUAUGGAGUGAAAAAUGGCAGGUCUUUGUAGGCUCUGGAGUAGCAUUGAGUCUAUUGGUGGGAGUCGUUAUGAGCAUUACCAACAUUUACUACUGAGGGAGGAGAAUAUCUGGGACAGCAUUUGCUUCUCCAUGAGUACAAAACAAUACGAGCGUGUCUUUUUCUCGCGGAAUUCAAUCUCCUACAUUUGGUCUCUUUCUUGUAACGCUCACCAAUCAUUAUAUACCCACUUGAUAGGCAUUCUAGCAGGGCUCUAUGUGUUGAGAAGUCUUUAUCAUCUCCGCG